AUGGGAAACUGCCAAGCUAUUGAUACAGCAAGUCUUGUAAUACAACAACCAAAUGGCGAAGAAAAAAGAUUAUAUUGGCCAGUAUCUGCUAGUGAAGUCAUGAAAACAAACCCUGAUCACUAUGUUGCUCUUCUUAUCUCCACAACUUUAUGCACUUCAAAAGAUAGAGAAAAUUGUUCCAAUAAGAGCCACAACAAUAACAACAACAACACUAAUCCUGUUCGUAUUACACGUAUUAAGCUUCUUAAACCAACAGAUACACUUAUGCUUGGUCAAGUUUAUAGACUCAUCUCAACUCAAGAGGUUACAAAGGGUAUGUGGGCAAAGAAACAAGCAAAAAUGAAGAGAAACUCAUCAGAAUCAGCUCAAAACUCAAAUCAGAUUAAGGAAAGGAUUAACAAAGAACCUCAAACGUCUGAACCUGAAAACAAUAAGGAAAGGAAAUUUGAAAAACAUGAGUCAAGGACAAAAGGAACAAGUAAUGGUGGAAAUCAUAAUAAGUCAAGAACAUGGCAACCCUCUUUACAAAGCAUCACUGAAUCUUCCAGCUGA